AUGGCGGAUGAUGAAGAAAACUAUUCUGCCAAGUCGCACAGAAAGAAACAAGCCGGGCCUAAAGCAGAGAAAAAGAAACAAGAGAAACACCCGCCAGAAGCUGCUAGUGCUGAGAGAAAUCGCAAGGCUUUCUCAUUUAAGUCGGCCGUGAGAGCGGCUCGCCAGUUCCGUCGAAAGCAAGAUGUUGAGACGAAACGACAUCACGAACCAGUUGUUGAUCGAACGCCACUGGAACCUCCACCAUACAUCGUAGCAGUGGUUGGACCGCCCAAAGUCGGUAAAAGCACGCUUAUCAACUCACUUCUGAAGAAUUUCACCCGUCAGCAGUUGUCUGUUGUGAAAGGUCCAAUUACUAUAGUGUCAGGAAAGAAGAGACGUCUCACUUUCAUUGAAUGCAAUAAUGACAUCAACUCUAUGAUUGAUGUGUCAAAAAUUGCAGAUCUGGUUCUCCUCUUGAUUGAUGCUAGUUUUGGGUUUGAGAUGGAAAUAUUUGAAUUUCUGAAUAUCUGUCAAGUGCAUGGCUUCCCGAAGAUCAUGGGUGUCCUAACCCAUCUUGACUUGUUGAAAAACAACAAAGCCCUCAAGAAGACGAAGAAGAAACUCAAAACUAGGUUUUGGACAGAAGUAUACCAGGGAGCAAAACUGUUCUAUUUGUCAGGUUUGGUAUAUGGCUCUUAUCCCAAAGUGGAGAUACACAACUUGGGACGAUUUAUUGCUGUGUCAAAGUUUCGACCGUUAACUUGGAGAGUUUCUCAUCCCUACAUCCUUGCAGACAGAAUAGAAGAGUUGACAGAUCCAGAACUUAUUCGUCAAAAUGCUAAAUGUGACAGGAAAGUGUCCUUAUAUGGCUAUGUGAGAGGAACACACCUACAGCACAAUUCCCAAGUCCACAUUAUAGGUUGUGGAGAUCACACUCUUAAAGAGAUCAGCCUUUUACCAGAUCCUUGUCCUCUACCAAAUGCAGAAAAGAAACGGUCACUGAAUGAAAAAGAAAGACUCAUAUAUGCGCCUAUGUCUGGAGUUGGAGGUGUUGUAUAUGACAAGGAUGCAGUAUAUAUAGACCUCGGUGGAAGUCAGGCAGGAAAGGAGAGAUCCAACUCUGCAGAGGGUGCUAAUCGACCAGGAAGUGAACUUGUGUCUUCUUUGAUUGACACAAAGCAGACAAUUGACAGUAAAAUGCUGACAAGUCAACUGACAUUAUUUAAGACUUUGACAUAUAGGUUUGCAUGUGCAUUUGAAACACGUAGGGAUGAAGACUACACAAGACCUUCUGAGGAAGUUGUGGUGGAUAAGAAUGGUCGAAAGAGAAGGAAAGCUGUUUUUGUUGAUAAUGAUGAUAAGGAGGAAGAUGUUGAGGAUGACGAUGACGUUUCAAAUGAUGGUGAACAUAGUGAUGAGGAUGACGAUGUAAAUGAUAAUGAGAGUGAUAGUGAUAGUACUGGUAGUGACAGUGAUGAUGCUGUGGAACAAGGCGAUGCGAAGAAUGAGGUUAACGAGGAGGAGAGUGAUGAAAUAGUUCUUAAGUUCAAAUCUAAACAUGCUAGACGAGAACUGACAUUAAAGAAGCAAACGGCUUCGGGAACACGAACUGAGAAUGGCCUUGAAGAAGGUGAAUCACUAGAAGAUACAGAGGAAGAAACAGAAGAAGAAGAAGAAGAGCAGGAGGAAAGUGAAAAACACAACGAAAUGGAAUCUGAAGAAGAGUUUAAUGUACAUACUAAUGGGGAGUCAAUGAAUGAUUCCGAAUCAGACUCCGAAGUUGAUUUUCCUUCACUGAAGAGAAAGAGGAAACAUGGUGUUAAAGAGAAAAGGAAUGAACAUCACAGUGUUAAAAAGAAGUUCAAAAAUGAAACAGGCUCUUUAGAACAAAAUGCGGCCAAAGGUGUUAAAACUGAUAAGAAAAAUAAAGCACAAACUGAAAAGACUGGAGAUAAGACAAGGUUAAUUGAUUCCGAUGCUGAAUCAGGAUCGAUUCUUGAGAUUUCAAAUGACAGAGAAAGUGAAGAAGACAGUGAUGGAAAUGUCAGCAUAGAAAGUCAUGAUAACUCUUAUGAAGAUGAAAACGAAGAUUCAGGAUCUGAAUUGGAAGAAGGUGCUCUGAAGUGGAAGGAAAAUCUGGCUCAAAAAGCAGCAGCUGCAUUUCUUCAGCGCCAGCGAGACAGGCCAAACAUACAGAAACUUGUUUAUGGAAAUGUUCUUCAAGGCAAGAAAGAAGAGAGAGAAGACGAAGAUAGUGAAGACGACGCUAUCGGAGGAAUAUUUAAAUUGAAGUCCAUGAAAGCUUCUGAAAGUAAAGGCACUGCACACGAGAGAGACUGCUCACUUGAGGUUAUUACUACGCCGCUGAGGGAUUGGAGCCAACCCGAAGUGCUUCAGAGCAUCCGGGACUAUUUCGUGACGGGCAAAUGGAAAGAUUCUGAAGAUGCCGAGAUGCUCCUUCAAGACGAUGACACAAUUUCUGAUGAUGACUUGUUUGGAGACUUUGAAGAUCUGGAGACUGGUGAAGUGCAUACGGCUGGCGACAAACAGGAAUCUGAGGGGGAGGGGGAAGAAGAUGAACAGGAUGAAAAUGAACAGGAGAAAGCUGACGGAGGUGAUGGGAGGAUGGAAAUGAAAAAGAAACAGAAGGCGGCAUUUGAUGGAACAUAUGAUGAAGGUGACGAAACCUCGUAUUAUGAUGAGCUCAAAGCGCAGAUGACAGAGCAAGCACAGCUAAAUCAGUCUGAGUUCCAAGACAUGGAUGACGAGACGCGCGCACAGUAUGAAGGCUUCAGACCAGGAAUGUAUGUCAGGGUAGAGCUCAGUGGUAUGCCCUGUGAGUUUGUCACCAACUUUGAUGCCAAAUAUCCCGUAAUUCUUGGUGGCCUUCUGUCGAGCGAGGAUAAGAUGGGCUUUCUUCAGGUUCGCUUUAAGAAACAUCGUUGGCACAAGCGCAUCCUGAAGACAAGGGAUCCACUGAUCUUGUCUAUUGGCUGGCGCAGAUUUCAAACUUUGCCGAUGUACUCGGUCCAGGACCACAACGGCCGCCAUAGAUUGCUGAAGUACACCCCUGAACAUCUUCACUGCAUGGCUACCUUAUUUGGUCCAAUUGCUCCUCCUGGGACAGGAGUCCUGGCAAUUCAAAGCACAGUAGGCGAUAUGUCUGAUUUCCGCAUCUCAGCCACUGGUACCGUGUUGGACUUGGAUAAAUCUGUAGAACUAGUCAAGAAACUCAAGUUAACAGGAACACCCUUGAAGAUAUUUAAAAACACCGCAUUUAUCAAGGUGAUUUACAGAUGUUUAAGAAAAAAUCCAGAGGGUGCUUUCCGUGCAACAUUUGAGGACAAAAUUUUGAUAAGUGACAUAGUUUUCAUUAGAACCUGGUACCCGGUCACAGUUCCGAACUUCUGCAACCCUGUGACGUCACUGCUCUUACCGCCAGAACAGAAAGCAACAUGGCAGGGCAUGCGCACUGUUGGUCAACUUCGAAAAGACCUGGGUUUGAAAGCGCCUGUCAAAAGUGAUUCAUUGUACAAGCCUGUGGAGCGGGUCACUCGUCACUUUAACCCCUUGGUGAUUCCAGCAAAACUGCAAAAAGAUUUACCAUUUAAAUCUAAACCGAAGCUAAUGAAGAAAAGGAGCAAGCCAACCUUGGAAACGAGACGCGCUGUGGUUAUGGAACCGCACGAAAAAUCGGCUUAUACGCUCAUGCAGCAACUCUAUACAGCGAACAAGGAGAAACAACGAAAGCGAAAGGAGAAGCUUCAAGAGAAAAGAAAGGUCUUUCGUGCAGAGAAGGAAAAAAAGGACGCGAAACGACAACAGAAGCAACGAGAAGAAAGGAAAAAGAUCUUCAGAAUGUUGGGAAAAGCGGAACAACGGAAAAAGAAAACAUGAUUGCGAUCAAAUUCUAAAUUACUUCCGCAGAUUAUCUUCCCUUUCUUGUAAAAAGUUGGGUGUAAGGAUUCAACAAUUAUUCUUCGUUGGUGAUUUUUAUUAAGAUUCUCCAUACCUUACAGAUAGAGAGCAAAGUGGCAUCGUUAGGAGAAGUUACAUAUUAAUACUUACAUUUAUGCCAGGCUUUGAUUGAACUGAGUCAUUUUAUUUUUGUGUAAACACUCGGUAUUGUGAAGUGUAGUUUCCGCGGUCAUGGACAACGUCCGGGACUCCCUCAUUUGUUACUGUCACCUGAGCUAUUGUGCUCAGGACACAAUAUCGACUCGUGUUUCAAAAAAAUAUUUAAUGAAUCUUGCGAGAAUUGCUAGAAUAAUGGUUGAAUCAGUUGAAAUCUUAAUAGAAGAAGAGAGUCGAGUUUGUUAUGCUAACUCUACGGUGUCGUAGGACAGAGAACUGGGUUGGUGAAAGUGCUGCAAGCGUGUCGAACGCCUAACAAAAGCUUCACCUUUUCUUUUUUCGCUUUUAGCGACGAGUAUAUCUGGAUUUAAUAUAUAUUACAGUAACUGGUUUGAACCUGGGAGUAACAUGUGAUAGUGUCGGCUGAUCGUCUGGGCGAGUGUAGUAAUGUUCCCGUUAGUGGUGACUGACGUUGCAACAACCUCACCGGAAGUCAUCAUCAGAGUCAAGUGAAUAAUUGUUGUCGGUCAAAUGAUCAAAGUCCGGUUCAUAUAAACUGAUUGGUCAGUUUUGCCGUGAUGUUAUUGGCUGUAAGACUCAAGUGGCUUAAGUCGGUCGUGAUUGGUCUGUUUCGAUCCGUUGGUUAAGUUGGGUCGUUCUGUUCGGUUCGUUUGUAAUGUUGAUGUCGUGAAUGAUUCGUUUGUAUGGUGCCGGUAAUAGUUGACACCUGUUGAGUGGAGUUUGUUCUAAGUUAGUACAUAUUCUUCAGUAAAAUCGACUUGCUUCUCUGA